AUGGCGGCGACUGCGGGAUUGGGAGAUGCCGCGGAGUUGACAGCAGCUGCGUACGGCGCUACGCUGCUGUUCGGCGGCCUCUUCGGAUACAGCCGCUCGGGCUGCACGUACUCGCUGGGAGCGGGGAUCACAGCCGCUGUUCUUUUCGCCACGGCCUUGUAUCUAAUUCAGAGUGCUCACACGGAGUCGCUGGGCAACGCUUUGGGCUUUGGCUCUGGUCUGCUCUUCUGUGCCCUCUUUGCCGUCCGGCAUUUCCUCCCAGGAAAGGCAAUGCCCACCGGCCCUCUUUUUGCCUGGAGUGCUGCGGCCACUGCUGUUUUUGCAUCCGCCUACUUUGGCGUAUGA